AUGUUGAAUUAUAAUCCCGAAAGAUUUGACCCAAGCACUACGUCAUGUACAAUGCCUUUUAUUAAGGAUGGUGAAAUCGUAAGAGUUCCGAAUUCAACGGUUUACACAGCUGUUCAAAACAGUUUACAAAACAUUUUAGCGAAUAUCUUUAAUUCAGAAACUACAGAAAUAAAAUUACCAUAUAUAACAGAUGCUAAAGAAAUUAAAUCAAAAACGACAACAUUAUUUACGUCACUUAAUGAUUUAAUGACUUAUAUCAUUAAUAUUCCUGCACCAACUACAGCAUUUGAUCCAAACUCGACGGUUUGCAGUGUACCUUUCAUAAAGUCGCAAACGGACUCUUUGAGUCCUGAAGGUCUUUCAGACCGAAGCGACCAGGGCGAAGCCCAUGACAGUUCAUUAAUUGUUUUAAGGGAUUCAACAGUUAAUGAAUCAUUAAAGGCGUCAUUAAUGAAAAUCAUUGAUUUUAAUUCAUUCACGAAUACAUAUAAUUCAUUCAUUAAUGUUUCAUAUGCUUCUAAAGAAGGUGAGCCAAAAACUAUCGAUAAAGCGGUGUAUGAAAUAAAAGCAUCAACGACGAAAUUGAAUUCGUUAACUUUUGACGGUGAUAGUUUCGUUAAUGACAUAACAUCGGGGAAAACAAUUUUAACGAAAGAAUAUUUAAAAUCUCAUGUUAGUGAGUUCGUUGAAAUUGAAAAAGAAGGUGGAAUUAAGUUCGAUCCACUGAAUUUCAUUUUCAGCUUAGCGAAUGCGGGUGUUAGUUUCGCUGAAUGGACAACUAUACAGAGUGAAAUAAAUGCAAUAUGGACGUUUUUGGGGUCAAAAGCGGGAAUGGGUGAGCUUGUAAAUGCUGCAAGAACAUUAGGUGAAACAGGAAAUUUUGUAG